AUGCGCACUGGGCCGGGCGUGCGCGGGGUGCGCUGGGGGUGCGCGGGCUCACAAUGCCGCCACACGUGCUGCAGGCGUGGGGAGCGGCCGAGCGGCGGCCGGCUGGACGGAGGGGGUGCGUCCGGAGCCGCCCGAGUCCCCCCGGCGCCCCGAGACCGCCGCCGCUGCCUCAGUCACCCGGUGGCCUCCAGAAGAAGGUCGUUAGGGGCUGAACUCAACAAAAAUCCAGUGGAAGGCUUUUCAGCAGGUUUAAUAGAUGACAAUGAUCUUUACCGGUGGGAAGUCCUUAUCAUUGGUCCCCCUGACACACUUUAUGAAGGUGGUGUUUUUAAGGCUCAUCUCACUUUCCCAAAAGAUUAUCCCCUCCGGCCUCCUAAAAUGAAAUUCAUUACAGAGAUCUGGCACCCAAAUGUUGAUAAAAAUGGUGAUGUAUGCAUUUCCAUUCUUCAUGAGCCCGGGGAAGAUAAAUACGGUUAUGAAAAGCCAGAGGAACGCUGGCUCCCUAUUCACACUGUGGAAACCAUCAUGAUUAGUGUCAUUUCAAUGCUGGCAGACCCUAAUGGAGAUUCACCUGCUAACGUUGAUGCUGCGAAAGAGUGGAGGGAAGACAGAAAUGGAGAAUUCAAAAGGAAAGUUGCCCGCUGUGUAAGAAAAAGCCAAGAGACAGCUUUCGAGUGACAUUUGUUCAACAGCUAUAACUUCAUUAUUUCAGGGUCUCCAACUGAGAAACAUGGCACUGUUUUCCUGCACUCUACCCACCUAUUGCUGGACUUCUGUUGUAACAAGUUGGCGGACACUGGCUGGAGCUGGGCUGCAGUAGAACAAGCCAGUACCCGUGCUGACAAGAGCCUAACAAGUGCCAACUUACAGGGGAUUGCGCAGUUUGAAUUCUCAUGAACUGUUUUAGCCUUCAGGAAGACUUGUAAAGACCUGUACAUAGCACAACAUGAUCCGGAUAAUAUAUAUACCAUUCAUGUACAUCCACCAAUACACCUUGUACCAAAUAAUGCUCUCUUGUAGUAGGACAAGAAUCGUGUAAAUUCUCAAAGAUUUUAUUAGGUUUUCUUUCCCUAUUCAUUGUUUCUUAUCAGUUUUAAAAGACUCCUUAAAGCAUGUCAGAUGAAAAACAAUUAGGAUUAAAAGUUUCCAUUUAAUUUCCUUUAAACCAUUGAGGCUUCAUUAAACUCUUUUCACUUACUAAACUUUUGUAUCUUCUUUGUUUUGACACACUCCCCUUUGCUUUUCUCUCUUCUCUCUGCCGGAAGGUUUAUCAAGUCAUUUAGUUCCAGUACUGAAACACUUACUAAGCAACUACUUGAUUUUGACGAGGACUUCAGAGCAGUGGUCAUCACUAGGUGCUUGCCUUUUUGUGCUCUGGUUGCACCGUCUCUUGGAUCGAGUGGAACAAUACCACAUUUUGGCUGUUGAGAGCUCUUGAACUCCGUCAUCCCUGAGAACAACAGAGAGUUGGUUCAGAAUUCAACUUACUGAAAUUUGCCCCAGACAGAACAAAAUCUGGUUUGGUUUGGCUUUUGCCUUCCCGUUGGUCCCUGGGCGUUCAGGUUGGAUGGAUUAGUGUGCACAGCUGCAGGCUUUCUGCUUAACUCGUGAGUUUGCUCUUACAGAUGCUGUGGACCCCCCGUCCCCUUCUCCACGGUCCUCCAUGUUUCUUUGCCUCUAUUCUAUAUUGCAGAUUUUUCUCACUUAUUGUACAAAGAAAUGGUGAUGUAUAUUUUCAUGUAAUUUGAUUUUGGAAUUCUGUCACCUUAUGUAGUGAGUUCUUCCAAAAUAUAAUUUUUUUCCAAUAAUCGUCAAGUUGUUGACUUUUAUUGUAUUGAAUGAAGGUUAUAAUACUGAAUGCCAGAGAAGUGCAGUUUAGAAAAAUCUCAGGUUGAUUCCUUAUGCAAACAGACUUAAUACUUGAAAAUCCCAUGGCCAUGGCAGUGUAUGUACUGGGCUCUAUCUAGGUUCUUAUGUGGGUCUCAAAGCAUUCCAGGGUGUGAAUGCUUUGCUCUCUGAUACAUUGAUUCUGUCACUGACACCGUGCACUUGGAUUUUAUUAACGUUUGAGCAUAAGUGUACUUCAUAUCAUGUCUUCUAAAGCAGCUUCAGGAAGUGAUGAAGUGACCGUGUGCGGUGUGAACGGCAGGCCCAGGUUCCCCUGUGUUGGGUGUGAGGUUGGGGCUGGGAAGUGUAGUAGUUGGCGGGCAAGGGACAGAAACGGAAGCAGUGCCCAAUGGGACACGGUUCUGUGAGGACUGGCGCGUCUCUGGCCUGUGGGGCUCGGAGAGACGCUCUGGCAGAGAGUGAAGGGUCCCUACGAGUCGCCCAUCCCUGCGACUCCGCAUGUCCUUCUUUCAGCGGAAGUAAAAUGGUUGAGGAUGUAGACGCAGCAGAGAGUGAUUUUUCUGAGUCCGUCUGUUCUGCACUCUGAAGCAUUGUAGAGACCCAUCAAUGUGUAAUGACUGAAUGUGGAAAGUGUUUGAUCCCUUGGAGCUGAUUUUCUUCAAGAACUUCAUUUUGUGACUUUUCUUACUCAGAGGCUGUAAAACUUGUUGCCCCAAAGUGCUGGUGCUGCACAGCCUCCUGGGAUCUGAAUGCAGUCCCUUUUCCUCUCAAAUCAGAAACUUCACAUGGUUGCAGGAGGCGGAACAGAGUCUGAAUUUUGCUCUCCUCUUGGCUGUGAUCCUGCUCGUGGUCUGUUGGGUUCGAACCUGGGGUUUGAGUCCUCAGGGAGCAGCCAGUGACCUACUCACUCAGGGACAACUCUCACUGAACCCUAAGUGCCACUUUCAUGCAGGUACUUCAGUGUGACCGUGUGUGUUUUGGGGCUAGGGGAGUGGAAGGGUGAGCCAGGAACCAGUGCCCCUCCCUUCGCGCUCCUUUCCACCUGGCGCCCUGGCGUGCUGCAUGUGGACACACGGGCCUCAGGAGGUGGUGUGGCCUGUUCUCUGCCAGGGGCGUCUCCCGUGCCUUUCCCCGUGUUCAUCUGACAGUGAACUUGACACCUCCAUGUUUGAUACUCAAUCACUCUCAGGUGGCACUGAUCCAGGUGGCUUUUGUGCCACCAGUGUCUCAUCACUAGUGUGAGGCGAGUCCUCUCUGCUUUAGGAAAGGAUUUUUCUCCCCAACUCUGUGCCAACUAUCAACAACAUCUACACAGUCUUAUGGGUUUUAGAACUGUUGGCUGUUUCUUAAAUUGAUUCCAAGUUCUUGUAAAGGCUUAUAGAUCUCAGUCUGUGCUCAUAAUGGGACGGAUGAUCUCAGUGGCUUUCUGGCCUCUCUUCUGUGAGUUUAAAAUCCACGCGAGAUUGGUUUCCUUGUCAUCACAAGGCAGUCUCUUUGUGAGGCGAUGCCACGAGUUCUCUGAUCACUUGGGUGUCCUGGUAUCUUCAAUGGCCUUCAUUCUCGGGUGUGAAAUUUUAUUGUGUGCUCACUCACCCCCUACAGAUCAUAUUUUGGGCAGUGGUGCCUGUGUAUCUAUCUUUUCCCGUCUGGUCUCCAGUUGGUGGAACUACCUUCUUUGUACCUUCCACCACCCAGCAUCUUUGAAAUUUGACACAAUGUUGCUUCAUUCCAGCUGUUUUUAGUUCUGUAACUCCUUGAUUGUAUUUAACUAUGUGAGUUCUGUUGUGAUGUUUGCUGUAUUGUAAAGCCCCUGCGCCAUGUGGUGGGUGCUCUGUAAAUCAAUAAAUGAUGACUUAGAGGCUGUA